CGCUUGCACAUGUACAUGUACAUGUACUCGCGUUCCCGUAGUUACGUGGUACGAAUCAGGGCCUGGGCUGCGGCUGCACGCGCGCGCGCGCCCAACACCGCUGCCGUUAGUUAUGUAUCGACGACCAGCGCAGCAGCAGCGCCGGGGGAGCUGCCAGGCUCGCAUGCUCGCGGCCUGUGGCACUAAGUCCUUUUGUAUCGGGCAUUUCUUUCUUCUCUUGCUUGGCUUUGCAGCCUGACGCGCGCGCGAGCAAGAGGGAAAAGAAGAAGAACAAGAGCAAUUGCAAAGGAAAGAAAAAGUUACCAUCAAGGCAGAAAGACACAGCAUGCUGGCUCCCAACACGGCUGUCCCCAACCACUCCGUCUGGACGGGCCUUGGACGCCAAACCUUUGAGGCCCACGUCGACGAAUUGGCCCGCACCAACGUCGUCGCCGGCCCCCGCCGCUACUCGCAUGCUGAAUGGCCCAAGGCGUCCCACGAAACCCUCUCUUUCGCCGUCGAGAGACAGCUGGCUGACGACUUCGCCUUUGUCGCCGCCUAUGAGCCCGGCCCCGCCUAUGUCACUACUGCCGCGCUGGAAAUCGCAACAGAUCCUGAGAGGCUUACCGUGCGGCUGGCCGCAAAUGAGGGUGUCAAUGCUUGCGUAGAGAGAGCCCUAAGGGAUAUCUUGGGCCACUUGAAUACGUGCGCUCGCAAAGGGACUAGUCGCGCUCGUUGCCAAGAGAGCAUCCUCGACACCAUCGUCCGCCUCAACGAGAACAAGAUCUUCGGCCGAAUCGGGUCCAAGUACUUCCAACGGCCAAAGAAUGCUCACGGCUGGAGCGGGAAGUCACUGAGUCUCCACUUCAAACGGGCCGUAGACGUGAUGAUCCCCGGCCGACCAACGCCGGAGGUAUCGGCGCUCAAGGACGAGAUCGAUUCCUUCCACAACACAUUCCUGGAGCUCGAAGCCGCAGACAAAGGCAGCAACCUGACGGUGCUGCUCAAGCGCCUGCUGGCAAAAGCCUUCUUGAUCACCGAGGACGGCGUGUCCCUGAGCCGCAGGCUGCAGGCCCUGGGCGCAUCGGUCGAGCAGUCCGACGCAAAAGAAAUCCGGCAGUUCAGCAAGCUCGCCAGCUAUUGGCGCAUUAGCCAAAGCCUGGCAUAUAGAUGUCGAUCAAGCCCGUUCCGCGGCCUCUUCCAAAAUGCCGACCUGGGGGUCCUGGAGCCCUACUCGCCGCUUCGCUCAGUGACAUCCAAGAGGCGCCGAUACGUGCACGCCGAGAUCCAGCUGCUCGUGCACUACGAGCGACACGCUGGUCUUGCGCGGCCGCGCGCAAUCGGCUCGUCCAAAGAAGCCUGCUUCCUCUGCGACGCGUUCAUCAAGGCGCACGGGCGCUUCGUGGUAUCCAAAGCGCACCGGCAGGUCUACUGCCAAUGGACGGUGCCCGAUGUCAAGGACUACAGCAGCGACACGCGCAAGCGCCUCCGCUCCGCCCUGCACGCUGUCGACCGCGACAUUGUCCAGGAAAUGAAAACCGUGCAGCUCCGGCGCGCCCAGAAAAUCCACUUGUUCCGCGCUUACCCCAUGCAGAGCACCAUCAACUUGCUCAAGGACGUCCUGCCCCCGCCCACCGUCUCCACCGUCCCGACGCCCGUCCCUGUGCCCGACAAGGCGCCGCCCAGAGACUCGGUUAUGGAGGGCGAUGAAGUCACCUCGGCUUUCUUGGCCUUGCCGGAGAAGCCUAUGGCUGAAGUCCACGUGCACGUCGUCACUACUCCCAUGAAACCGCCUGCUUCUCCGGUGAAAGCACCUACAAUCAUGGCAUCAAGGGUUACGCUUUUGCCGGACAUGGAGCAAAAAGCUGCUCCCGACGAGGGUGCGCCUUUGCCCGAUGCUGAAAGAAAACCCGCUCCCGAGGAGGUUGUACCGUUACCUGAUACCGGGCAAAAGAACGCAGCAGCCGAAGAGGUCGCGCUUCGAUCCAACACUGGACAGAAUACUGCCCCCGAUGCGGCUACUGUCCCUUUGCCAGAUGUUGGGCAGAAGGACGCGCCCGACAACUCGUCUCCAGCAGACGUUGUCCCGGCAGCAGCUUCCGCAGCACCUACGAUUGAUCAGCCAAGAGCGCUCUCAGAGGCCUCAAAAAGCCUGGACGAAGCCAAACAGCCUCCAUCUCAAGCGAGCGAAAGCGGAUUUUCGAAGAUCCUCCCCGCGGCACCGCUCUUUGCCAGCCUCGCCGGCCUGAACAUCCAGAUUCAUCUCGAGGAGGGCAAGCGCUUCUCGAGCGGAAGCGCCAGUCUGGAGCCAGCGGAGCAGGAGAAACCCGAGGGCGAAUGCUUCGAUGUGCGCAAACUGGCGCCGGGGGAGGAGAAGGUUUUUGAGCGGACGGGCGGGGACGCGCAGCCUGAGGUGGCGUUUGCUAUCAAUCGGGGCGGGAAGACGGUGAGGGUGCGGUGCCGAUGGUAUCCUUAAGCUGGAGGAAGUGGACGCGCAGUGUUGGGUUACCUGUUGCGGGCGCAUAGGUUCAGCUCAUGCUUUGGCAUUUUCGUUUUUCCGUCCAAAACCCGGGUUUCUCUUUCCCUUCGAUCUAGAUUGGAGGACUGUGGGCAGAGACAACGACUAUUGUCAAUAACAAACAUUCUCAGCAAGAGGGCGGUGUUCCAGAUAAAUGUUUCGCGGGCCGUUGA